AUGGGGCUGAACUGCACGUCUAUCUUCUGCCUCGCGCGAGACGUAAAUAUACUGGAAAACACAGACAGGAGACAAUGUGGCAACAGUGAGUGCUGGUGUGGACGGCGAUGCGCGGAAGUUGAAGGUAGAUGGGUCGGAAGACACAGUUCACUUCCGCUCUUCUAUUUCACCGACGUUCCUCCAACUUCCUUCCCCUCGACCGACACACCGUAUCCACAAAAUCCUUCGUGGCUAUCACUCGGAAUUAGCAGGCUGCAAAUCUGCGUACAACGAGAGCGCUUAAUACCUUGCAGUACCGGUCUCAGAAGGCAGAAAGCGGUAUAUGAUCAUCGAUGCAGCAAAAUCGGUUUGUUGGAUUGUAGCCGGAUCAAGUGCGGAUUGCUUGGUUGUCGCUGUUGCGCAUGA